AUGGCGCCGCUUGUCGACAGCCCCCAGAUCAAGCAGGCCAGCCUGCACAAUCCGCUGCCGUUGCAGCUGCACACAUAUAUCUGGCCAUUCUUAAUAGUAUGGCCGGCCUUCUCCGCAAUCUACUUCUCGCCGUCGCGCUAUGAACAGUAUAUUCAGUCUUCGGAAUGGACCUUCGUUUGGGUGGCCAGCAUCACCACCUUCCAGUCGCUAUUCUGGCUGAUGACGCAUUGGAAUGUCAACCUUAAGAGCGCAUUCACCACAACGGCAGCCAGCGAUGUGCGCUCGGCACAGCUUAUCAAGGUGCAGCCGAUCAAGAACGCGGGUGCCGCUGAGAUAGUCAAGUUGGUGCGCGACAAUGUGGGCGGAAAGCCAAAUCUGUCCUUUUUGUUCCAGAAGCGCCGCUUUCUCUACGAUGCCGACAAGGGCUCCUUUGCUCCGCUCUCCUACGCCCUCGAUACCGAACCGAAGCCGCUGCUCAAGACAUUCCAGCAGACACAGGGUCUUACCACGCCCGCUGAGAUUGAGCGCCUCACGCAGCACUAUGGCGACAACGCAUUCGAUAUUCCCGUCCCGACCUUUACCGAAUUGUUCAAGGAACAUGCCGUCGCGCCCUUCUUCGUCUUCCAGGUCUUCUGUGUUGGGUUGUGGAUGCUGGAUGAAUACUGGUACUACUCGCUGUUCACACUGUUCAUGCUUGUCGUUUUCGAGAGCACUGUCGUGUGGCAAAGGCAAAGAACGCUGAACGAGUUCCGUGGCAUGAGCAUCAAGCCAUACGAGAUUCUGGUAUACAGGCAGAAGAAAUGGCAGGAGAUUAUGAGCGAUAAGCUGCUUCCCGGUGAUGUCGUCAGUGCAGGCAGGACAAAGGAAGACUCUGGUGUCGCAUGCGAUAUGCUUCUGCUCGAAGGCUCGGCCAUUGUCAACGAGGCUAUGUUGUCGGGAGAGAGUACCCCAGUGCUCAAGGAAUCGGUACAACUGCGCCCUGGCGAUGCCCGCAUCGAGCCCGAGGGUCUGGACAAGAACUCGUUCCUCUGGGGAGGCACCAAGGUUUUACAGGUAUCGCAUGGUAAUGACGCCGAGGAAGAUGGUGGCACCGUUUCAAGGCUUUCGUCUGGAGUUCCACCACCUCCGGACAAGGGCGCCGUCGCUGUUGUAAUCAAGACUGGUUUCGAGACCAACCAGGGCAGCCUUGUCCGCACUAUGAUCUUCGCCACUGAGCGCGUCUCCGCAAACAACGUCGAGGCCCUCUUCUUCAUCCUCUUCCUUACCGUCUUCGCCGUCGCUGCCUCAUGGUACGUCUGGCAGGAGGGUGUCAGACUGGAUCGCCAACGUAACAAGCUUCUCCUCGACUGUGUCCUCAUCGUCACCAGCGUUGUUCCUCCUGAGCUUCCCAUGGAGCUUAGCUUGGCCGUCAACACGUCUCUUGCAGCCCUAAGCAAGUACGCCAUCUUCUGUACCGAGCCCUUCCGUAUUCCAUUUGCCGGGCAAGUCGACGUAGCUUGCUUUGACAAGACUGGUACAUUGACUGGAGAAGAUCUGGUCGUAGAUGGCAUUGCUGGUCUAUCUCUAGGAGAAAGCGGAGCUACAAUUGCACCUGACGGUGCGCAUACUGACCUUACGAAGCUUACUGACGUCGGCACUGAGACAACUCUCGUGCUUGCUGCCGCUCACGCCCUAGUCAAGUUGGACGACGGAGAGACCGUUGGAGAACCCAUGGAAAAGGCAACCCUUCAGUCACUGAACUGGAAGCUUGGAGCAAAAGACACUCUUCAGGCCACUUCGACUACCGCCAAGUCCCACGCUGAGCUUGUUCACAUUCGUCGUCGUUUCCAAUUUUCCUCUGCCCUCAAACGCCAAAGUUCUGUCGCCACCAUCAUCGUGAACAACAAUAAGACGGGACGUAAGGUUAGGAGUACAAUUGCUGCGGUCAAGGGUGCGCCCGAGACCAUCCGCAAGAUGUUGGUCAACACCCCGCCACACUACGAGGAGACUUUCAAGCACUUUACGCGUAACGGUGGUCGCGUGCUCGCUCUCGCGUACAAGUUCCUUUCUGAAGAAGGUGAAUGGGGCCAGAACCGUAUCAACGACCUCAAGCGCGAGCAAGUCGAAUCUGAGCUACACUUUGCCGGUUUCCUCGUCCUCCAGUGCCCGCUGAAGCCCGACGCCAUCGAAGCCGUCCGCGCUUUGAACGAAUCUAGCCAUCGUGUAGUCAUGAUCACUGGAGACAAUCCAUUGACCGCCGUCCAUGUUGCUAAGCAAGUCGAGAUUGUCGACCGCGACUGUUACAUCCUUGAUGCACCCGAGAACGACGAGACUGGCGAGAAGCUCGUGUGGCGUAGCGUUGAUGACAAAGUUAGCAUCCCUGUUGACCCCACCAAGCCCUUGGAUUCUGAGAUCUUGAAGACCAAGGAUAUCUGUCUUACUGGGUACGCACUUGCCAAAUUCACUGAUCAGCCCGGAUGGAAGCAGAUUCUGCGAUACACCUGGGUCUACGCUCGUGUAUCACCGAAGCAGAAGGAAGAGAUUCUCCUUGGCCUAAAGGACUGCGGUUACACAACGCUCAUGGCUGGUGACGGUACCAAUGAUGUUGGUGCUCUGAAGCAGGCCCAUAUUGGUGUUGCUCUGCUCAACGGUACUCGUGAAGAUCUCGACAAGAUUGGUGAGCACUUCCGCAACACACAAAUGAAGAACGUCUACGAGAAGCAAUGCAACCUCAUGCAGCGCUUCAACCAACCUCAACCACCGGUACCUAUUGUGAUUGCGCACUUGUACCCACCAGGCCCGGCCAACCCGCACUAUGAAAAGGCUAUGGAGGCUCAAGCGAAGAAGAAGGGUCUUCUCCCUGCAGCCAACGGUAUCGCUAACGGAACCGACUCUAACGGUACACUGGUAGAACAGAAGCCUGGCCAGGCUCAGACCCAACAGGCUGCUGCCAACUUCGCUCAGCAAAUGCAGGAGAAGAUGAUGGCUCAAGAGAUGGAAGAGUUGGCUGGCGAGCCUCCGACUAUCAAGCUCGGUGACGCCUCAGUCGCUGCGCCUUUUACCUCGAAGCUUGCCAAUGUCGUCGCUAUUCCCAACAUCAUUCGCCAAGGUCGCUGCACACUCGUCGCUACGAUUCAAAUGUACAAGAUUCUUGCGCUCAACUGCUUGAUCUCUGCAUACAGUUUGUCAGUCCUUUACCUUGAUGGUAUCAAAUUCGGUGACGGUCAAGUCACCAUCUCCGGAAUGAUGAUGAGCGUUUGUUUCCUCUCCAUCUCGCGCGCGAAGACAGUCGAAGCCCUCUCCAAAGAACGCCCGCAACACAACAUCUUCAACACUUACAUUAUCGGUUCCGUACUAGGACAAUUUGCUAUCCACAUCGUCACUCUCAUCUACGUAUCCCAGUACGUUCAGCGCGUUGAGCCCAAGGACCCCAACCCAGAUCUAGAAAAGGAAUUUGAACCUUCGCUGCUCAACUCGGCAAUCUACCUGCUUCAGCUCAUCCAGCAAAUCUCCACCUUCGCCAUCAACUACCAAGGCCGUCCCUUCCGCGAGUCCAUCCGCGAGAACAAGGGCAUGUACUGGGGUCUCAUCUCCGUCUCCGGUGUCGCCUUCUCCUGCGCCACGGAAUUCAUCCCUGAGCUCAACCAAAAACUCAAGCUCGUUCCUUUUACCUCCGACUUCAAGUUCAUGAUUACUAGUAUCAUGGCCUUUGACUUUGUAGCCUGCUACGUUAUUGAAAAGAGCCUCAAGUUCUUCUUCUCGGAUAACAAGCCAAAGGAUAUCGCCAUCAGGCGGCCGGAUCAGUUGGAGCGCGAGAACGAGCGGAAGCGGAAGGAGGAGUUGGAUGCGCAGAGGAAGAAGAAUGAAGAGAUGGUUGCUAUGGCAAGGGAGAAGGGGUUGGUGAAAUAA